AUGCGUGAUCCAAACCAGAUUGCUUCAAAAGAGCAAGUCAAGGAGCUAGGCGCCAAAGAUCAAAAGAACAGCGUCUCCGAAAAUUCUAUCCAAACGAACAAUGAAAACCCAUCAUCAAAUCUAUCAGUUGAUAUAUGCGUUGAGGCAAUGGGGAGAAUCAGCAUGGAAACACCGCCGACUUCGCAUCAAAUCUCAGACGCAGCUUCUACUCAAAAUCAUGGUAUCACCAAUAUCCCGCCAGAAGAGCUACCAAGCCACCCGCCAUGUCAAGCUCGACUGCCAUUUCGUCGCUAUGUUUCAGCACCUGCAGUUCUUCGGAAUAGAAUACAGGUGACACAGCAUCAAGUGGAGGUGUCGAGGUCGUCGUUCACACUUGCGGAUAUUCUCUCGAAGGCAAACUGUCGAGCACAAAAACCAUUUCUGGUGAGAAAAGUACGGGCUCGGGCAGCACUGUCUAUGAGGCCAAUUCCUCCUGUUGUUCGUACCGGGUGGGAGACUGUUGAUAAAAGCGUCAGUUUAGCCGAGAUUCCUGAGAUACUCGCCCAAGACAAAACCGAAGGGGUGGAGGAGAUGCUGCACCUUCGAGGAGGAUGCGGCAGCUGGAUGGGAAAGAAGGGCAAUAUGCGUCGAUUGGAGGAUGAUGAAGAGCUCCCGCCAAUGAUAUGGUGGUUAUCCGGGGGUAAACCUGGCCAUUCCCUUCCUACAAGCUCUAAGCUUAGAUGGUGGAAAGCAAAGAGCAAAGGACAAUGGCGGACAGGACAAAGUAGGGGAUACCUUCAAGAACUCGCUUUUGUACUGUCAGAUGGGAGGCUCUGCAGAAAUGAGCCUGGGCAAAGGGAGAGCGAAAAGCAUAUGGAGCAGGGAAAGAAGUAA